AUGUCUACCUCGCGGCCCACGUCGAUGACGGGGUAUCCCGCCUCUCCGACUACGGCAACUAUCCCAGAGGAUAGCAACGAUGAUGGCACCAUGUUCAACGACGACCCCGACCCCGACGCGUCUCAAGAACGAUGGAUUGCCAUUGAACCGCCUACUCCAACCACCCGACUGGGCUCGUCGAGCAACCUGCGAGCAAGGCGCGAUAGUGUCACCCUUGUGCGGGGUAAUGCCACCGCCGGUGCAAGCAACAGUAUCGCGCCGCCGUCCUUCAGGGACUCUCAGUUCGACGUCAUCCUCCGACGCCAACGAUACCGGCCACCUGAUAACUCGGGCCUCAAAGACUACGCCGUUGUGCCGUCCCGCUUCAUCAACCUCCCCAACUCUUUUGAGUUUGCAGGAUGGGGGUCUAUCCAGAGGAUUAAGUUGUCCUCGGAGGAUUUCCAAGAGGCUGAGAAUCGGUUAAAGACGGUGGAGAAGGAGCGGGUGCUGGGUCAGUUCACGGCUGCCGCCUUGGCGGGUAAUGCGGUGCUUGGGAGCGUGUUUUAUGCAUUCCCGGCGGUUGUUGUCGUUGCUGGGGCAUACUCUCCCAUUUCAUUAUUCGUUGCCACCCUCAUCCUCUUCCUAUGGCGACCCAUGAUGCAGGAGCUCGCUUCCGCCCUUCCCAUCAGUGGAGCACCCUACACUUACUUCCUCAAUGUGUCAACGAAGCCUGUUGCCCUCGUCAGCGCCACCCUGCUCUUACUCGACUAUGCUUCUACUUCAAUCGUCUCCGCCGCUACAGCCGCAGCUUACAUCGCCGGCGAAGUCUUGGCUCUACCAUUCCCAACAUGGAUUCUGGCCGCGAUGGUUCUAGUGUUAUUCACAGUCGUCAGCCUUUUGGGCGUGCGAGAAAGCGCGAGGAUUGCCUUGGCUGUACUAUCGCUCCAUGUUUUGACGAUGGUGUCGUUGAUCAUUGCUAGUGCGGUACACUGGGGCCGAACGGGUAAUGAUCAGUGGAAGGCGAAUUGGCAGCAGAGCCAACGAGAGAACGCCGCCGAUGGUGGGAUUGGAAUCCUCAGACAGCUGUAUCAUGGUGUAUGCAUCGGCAUGUUGGGUUUGACAGGCUUUGAAUGCACGCCAUCAUACAUCUCGAGAAUCAAACCCGGAAAGUUCCCCUUAGUGCUGCGGAACCUACACCUCCCCGCGAUUGUGUUUAAUACGCUCCUGAUGACCCUUGUCAUGGCCAUUGUUCCACUUGAUGUCACUCGAGGAGGCGCAAAUAUCCUGAGUGUCUUGGGUGAAAUGGCCGCUGGGAAAUGGCUGAGAAUAUGGGUUGUCGUUGAUGCAUUCGUCGUUCUCUGUGGCGGCGUCCUUACUGGCAUCCUGAGUGCAUGUGAACUCUUGCAAAGGCUUUCACAAGACCGAAUCCUCCCGCAAGCGUUCCUAAAACUAACACGCAAAACUAACUCGCCUUACGUCUCCGUCCUCUCUUUCAUCGCAUUCUGUGCCAUCGUCUACGCCACUACCGGUGCCCGACUCGCUGUCGUCUCGGAGAUGUUCUCACUCGUGUGGCUAGUCGUGAUGACUCUUUUCCCGCUUUCGCUUCUCCUCCUUCGGUUCAACCGCGGUCGUUUGGGUCGUUCCUCUCGAGCUCGAUUACCCGUUCUCUUUUUCUCCUUGUUCAUCGUGUGUCCUGUCAUCCUUGGUGGCAACAUCGCACUGAACCCGAGGACUGCGGGAUAUUUCGCGAUCUACACGAUUAGCCUGCUCUUGCUUCUGGCCGUGACACAGAACAAGGUCAGGGUGCUGAGGUGGAUUUACUGGGUGUAUGAUCAGUGGUGUAAUGUUGUUCAGGCCGACUCGAAUGCGGCUGUUUUGUCGACACCGGGGGGUGGUGGGUCGGAUGAUGAAGUUGACGCCCAUGGUUCCGUCACACUGCCGCCUUUGGGCAAUCAAGUUGUUGGGAGAAAUAGAGUGGGGAGUGGGUUGAUGAAAUUGAUGACGAGGUUGAAGAGGCAGGUUGUGUGUGUUUGUGCCAAGGGUGAUGAGAUUAAUACGCUGUUCCAUAUGAUCCUUUACGCCAAGAGGAAUGAGGAGACGUCGCAUCUGAAGAUUAUACAUUUUUAUGAGGAAGAGAAAGGAGGGAUUCCGUCCGAGUUGGAAGCGAAUGCUAAAAUUUUAGAUGAGGCCUUUCCUGAGAUUACGAUAGACUUGGUGCGUCUCUUCCCCUCUUCCCCUUCGUGA